GGAGCGUAACGGUGCAGCUCGAUGGAGGGCGCUUCAUCUCCCGUGUUUAAACACCAAAUCGGCUUCAACACUGCGAGUGUGUGUGUGUGUAUGAGUGUGUGUGUGUGUGUGUGUGUAUGUGGACUUCUGAGAUUUACACUGCUGACUACUGAAACACUGCAGCAUGGCGGCCGAGCUCUCCACCUCGAUAAACAUCAAAGAGCCUCGCUGGGAUCAGGGCACUUUCAUGGGCAGAGCCAAACACUUCUUCACCGUUACAGACCCGCGAAAUGUUCUGCUGUCUAACGACCAGCUGGAGAAAGCACGCAGGGUCAUUCAGGAUUACAGACAGGGUGUGGUGACUCCGGGUCUGACGGAAGACGAGCUCUGGAGGGCCAAAUACAUUUUCGACUCUGCGUUCCAUCCAGACACAGGGGAGAAGAUGCUGCUGAUUGGCCGCAUGUCCGCUCAGGUGCCCAUGAAUAUGACCAUCACCGGCUGCAUGAUGACCUUCUACAGGACGACCCCAGCGGUGCUGUUCUGGCAGUGGAUCAAUCAGUCCUUCAAUGCAAUAGUCAACUACACCAACCGCAGUGGUGAUGCUCCCAUUACAGUAAAUCAGCUCGGCACGGCGUACGUAUCGGCCACGACGGGUGCUGUGGCCACGGCUUUAGGACUCAACUCUCUAGCAAAGCACGUCUCACCGCUCCUGGGACGCUUUGUACCGUUUGCUGCUGUCGCUGCUGCUAACUGUAUCAACAUUCCACUGAUGAGGCAGAGGGAGCUGAAGCACGGCAUUCCGGUGCUGGAUGAGAACGGGAAUCGGUUAGGGGAAUCUUCCAAAGCGGCUCAGCAGGCCAUCUCACAAGUGGUGAUCUCCAGGAUCCUCAUGGCUUCUCCUGGCAUGGCUAUUCCACCGUUUUUAAUGAACUCCCUGGAAAAGAAAGCAUUCCUGAAGAGGUUCCCGUGGAUGAGUGCACCCAUUCAGGUCGGCCUGGUGGGAUUCUGCUUGGUCUUUGCCACUCCGCUGUGCUGUGCGCUGUUCCCACAGAAGAGCUCGAUGGCUGUGAGCCGCCUGGAGCCUGAACUUCAGGAGAAGAUCCGCUCGAGUCACCCGGGCGUGGAGAGAGUUUACUUCAACAAAGGAUUAUGAGAAGAAGAAAAAAUCAAAAAUCAAACCUCAUCUCCUCCGAACACGGCCACUACCCCCAACCCCGCACCCCCACCCCACCCCGCUCAUCUCAUCGUGUUUUCCCCAACGUGCCAAAGUUCCACUCCUCUGUCUCUCCCGUCUGUCCUGGAGGACGUCCCGACUCAGCUGUUUUGUAAGAUGUGGUUCCUAGUGACUAGUUUUUAAUCAGGAGAAUAUUUUGGAUGGUGCAGCUCUGUGCUAGUGUUAGAAAAGACUAUUUGUCUGAAAUGGUGCUCUUUCUGAUUGGCUAGGUUUUCUCUUUUCCGUUAAUUACAGUGCAGUCUAUCAGUACAUACACCUGGAUAUUGGAGGUUUAUAGUCUUUACACUACCACAGCUGAUUGGAUUGGAACUGAAAUGAAACAUCAGGAUCGUGCUAGCUUUAAAUCCAGCUUGGUUGGCAUCACAGCCAUUUUUUUCUACACCAUCACUGGGACCAAAACUGUAUUGAAUCAUCGACGUAUCUGCAAAUGGAUGACUGCGCUGUAAUUAUGUUUACUGCCAAACCAAACCAUCUCCAUGUGCCAUCUGUAAUAAGGAACAAAUGUGCUGGUGUGUUUCGUUUUUAUUGCGUUGUUGUGAUUAGUAAUCGAUGUUCAGGUCUGAAUGGAAGCUGCUUUUCGACUUGUAAUUGCCAAAAAAAAAAAAAAAAAAAGAAUUAAA